GACAGUUUCUGUCGCCGUACGACAGGAGCCGUGUUCGGACGCAACGUGGAGUUGUUUACUAGUUGUUUACUAGUUGGUCAGCUCUGUCGGCUUAAAGGACUGAUGUAAUGCUUCAAACCCGCGUCCAACCGUUGUAAAGUGGACUGUGUGUCUAAAGGAAGAAAUGGGGAAGCCAAAGAAAAAGAGUGACCUCAGCCGAGCCGAGCUGAUGAUGAUGACCAUUGCUGAUGUCAUCAAGCAGCUGGUUGAAGCCCAUGAAGAUGGCAAAGACAUCAAUCUCAACAAAGUGAAGACUAAGACUUCAGCUAAAUACGGACUUGAAGCCCAGCCUCGGUUGGUCGACAUCAUCGCCGCCGUUCCACCCCAAUACCGUCGUGCUCUGGUGCCCAAACUCAAGGCCAAACCCAUCCGCACUGCCAGCGGGAUCGCAGUCGUGGCUGUGAUGUGCAAACCACAUCGAUGUCCCCACAUCAGCUUUACAGGCAACAUCUGUGUCUACUGUCCUGGUGGACCAGACUCAGACUUUGAGUACUCCACACAGUCUUACACCGGCUACGAGCCAACAUCCAUGAGAGCGAUCCGAGCACGUUACGAUCCCUACCUUCAGACCAGACAUCGGGUGGAGCAGCUGAAGCAGCUGGGUCACAGCGUGGACAAGGUGGAGUUCAUCGUGAUGGGCGGGACCUUCAUGGCUCUGCCCGAGGAGUACAGAGACUACUUCAUCAGGAACCUACACGACGCCCUGUCAGGACACACCUCCAACAAUGUGGCCGAGGCCGUCAGGUACUCUGAGCGCAGCAACACCAAGUGUGUGGGGAUCACCAUUGAGACUCGGCCCGACUACUGCCUGAAACGACACCUCAGCGACAUGCUGGGCUACGGCUGCACCCGGCUGGAGAUAGGAGUCCAGAGUGUGUAUGAAGACGUGGCCCGCGACACCAACAGAGGCCACACGGUGCGAGCCGUGUGCGAGUCUUUCCACCUUUCAAAGGACGCCGGCUUCAAAGUAGUCGCCCACAUGAUGCCAGAUCUGCCUAACGUGGGCAUGGAGAGGGAUGUGGAGCAGUUCAUUGAGUUUUUUGAGAAUCCAGCGUUUAGGCCCGACGGCUUGAAGCUGUACCCAACACUGGUGAUCCGAGGUACGGGUCUGUAUGAGCUGUGGAAGACGGGCCGGUACAAGAGCUACAAUCCCAGUGCGCUGGUGGACCUGGUUGCCCGAAUCCUGGCGCUGGUGCCACCCUGGACGCGAGUCUACCGGGUGCAGAGGGACAUCCCCAUGCCGCUGGUGAGCUCCGGAGUGGAGCACGGCAACCUGAGAGAGCUGGCACUGGCCAGGAUGAAGGACAUGGGCACUGAGUGUCGAGAUGUAAGAACCAGAGAAGUGGGCAUUCAGGAGAUCCACCACAAAGUCAGACCAUACCAGGUGGAGCUGGUGCGGAGGGACUACGUGGCUAACGGCGGCUGGGAGACCUUCCUCUCCUACGAGGACCCAGAGCAGGACAUCCUAAUUGGCCUGUUGCGUCUGCGUCGCUGCUCCCCGCAGUCCUUCCGUCCGGAGCUGAAAGGAGGCACGUCCAUCAUCCGCGAGCUGCACGUUUACGGCAGCGUUGUACCCGUCAGCAGCCGAGACCCCAGCAAAUUCCAGCAUCAGGGUUUUGGUAUGAUGCUGAUGGAGGAGGCCGAGAGAAUUGCCAGAGAUGAACACGGCUCUAGUAAACUGGCUGUUAUCUCAGGUGUAGGAACCAGGAACUACUACAGGAAGAUGGGUUACGAGUUGGAGGGACCUUAUAUGGUGAAGAACCUAUAUGGACCCGGAAUGGACUGAACCUGGACGAUGUUUUUAUCUGGAUACAGACGCACUUACACACGCACACAUUCUUUUAUUUAUCAAGACAAUGUUCUCUGGACGCAGUUUCCGCAGCGUGUGUUGUGAAACAGUUUGCUUUUUAUCUGGUGCACACCAGGCAAUGCUGUUGCAUCUCCUCCGCUUUGUGUAGAUAAGGAGACUGUGAGAGGGUGUGAGGAAUAAAGUAAAGAUAUUUGGAAUGAAGCCAGAGCGUCUUGUGGAUGAGGUUUUGGGUUGAAUUUGAGAUACAAAGAAAGGUUUAGUCCGCUCCUUUCCCUAUACAGGUACUGAAACACACACACAUGUUGGUAUUUUGGUUAGCACCAGUGCCUUGCCAGUGAACUCUGUUUCAGUGAGCAGUUCUGAUCCAGUCUGACCAGAACAAUCCUGCUGAGACAGUUUUAAUCUUACUCAAGUGUUACAUGAGUCUGGUAAAGAAUGUCUAGAUAUCCUUUUAGAUCAUUUGCGCGUGUUUGCGUCUGGGGUGAGAAGAAACCUGUUUAGCAUCACGGUUCGAGUUAAUCAUGUUUAUGUUGUAAUUAAACAGAAAACCCAUUACGAGUCAAGCGUUCAUUAAUGGUUGCCAGUGGAUGAAUGAACAGUGGGAGCUGUCCUUGCUGGGCAGCCGUUGUGUAAUUGCUGAAUUUUGAUUUAUAGGGCAGGAAAUUGAAUAUUAGUGUUACAUAAAUUGCUUUUUAAAGCCCCACAGUUAAUCCUAUUUCUUGUUUCUCUGUCAUGCAUUCUUGGUCUAUGUAUUCUGGUAAAUUCCAGAUGUUGAACACAUCACUUGAGCAUUUUUUCCCCCCCAAAGAAUAAAGUAUAUUUGUGUUUUA